AUGCAGGGCAUCGAAGAUGAAGUCGCCAAAAUCGACUUUCAUCACCCAUUCACUCCGUAUGAUGUUCAGGAGCAAUUUAUGAAUACUGUUUAUCAAGUGCUUGAAUCGGGCCAAGGGCAAAUCGGAAUUCUUGAGAGCCCGACUGGAACUGGAAAAUCUCUUUCCCUGAUCUGUGCUUCUCUCACUUGGCUGCGCAACCACAAAUCAUCUGCCUACCAAGCGGCACUGAAAGAAGCCAAAUCAUCCUUCAAAGAUGAGCCAGAUUGGAUGAUCGAUCAACUUCUACGUCGAAAGAGACAAGAACUAGUACGAAGCUGGGAAGACCGAGAAAAGCGACUUGAGAAUGCAAGGCUGAAAGAAAAAGCGAAGAUGACGAUGGCGAGGAAUGGAUGCUUGACGAUUGGGAUGACGAGAGUGCGUCUGCGCCAAAAGACGCCCUCUCUGGCCUCAGCAAGGAGUCGCGCGAUAAGAGGAGAUCAAGAUCUAUUACACCUCCAGAACACAUUCCCAGCUGUCGCAGUUCAUCACGGAGCUGCGGCGGCCAAAAUUUCCGGCGUCUCUACCCGAGGGCCUCUCUAG